AUGCAACGACUUGAAUGUCAUGUAAAGAACUAUAAUUGGGGAAAGAAGGGCAACAAAAGUGAAGUGGCUCGGUUAUUCGCUGCUGGUCACAAAAACUUUGUGAUGGACGAAAAUGAGACCUAUGCUGAACUUUGGAUGGGUACACAUCCCGAUGGUCCAGCCGUGUUGUCAAAUUCGGCCACUCGACUGUCAUCGUUCAUCGCUAAAAGUCACUCGGCUAGUUACUUAAGUAACAAUAAUUGGAAGGAGGACAUUCAUUUGCCAUUCAUCAUGAAAGUCAUUCUACAAGUUCAUCCAACCAAGGUGAUUUCUUCUAGCCCAUCAGACAAGGCACAUGAAUCAGAACAAGCUGCACGCCUUCAUGAAAAAGACCCGGUUCACUACCCAGACAGGCAUCAUAAGCCUGAAUUAGCCUAUGCUUUAACGCAGUUUGAACUACUGUGCGGCUUCAGACCAGCGGAUCAAAUACUGAAAAAUAUUGAAGGUGAGGAAAUGAUGGAGAAAACCCGAACUCAUCCCGAUAUGGUCUCCGAUUACGUGGACGAACUGGUCGAAUUUCGCGGUUGCUUGACUGAUUCUACUGUCAAAGUCAUCCAGAAAAUGGCAAUAGACUUCCCUGGUGAUGUCGGUGUUUUCUCGCCGUUAAUUCUGAAUCAUAUAAUUCUGAAGCCAGGAGAAUGUUGUUACUAUGCAGCUGAGGAGUUACAUGCAUACCUUAGUGGAGAGUGCGUCGAGUGUGUCGGUUGUUCAAACAACACUAUUCGAGCCGCAAUGACUCCUAAAUUUAUUGAUAGAGAGGCUUUGUGUGAGGUGCUUAACUAUCGUAUGACACCGCCAGAAGAUUACCUCGUGACGGCCACUGCCCUCACUGAGUACCCUGGUGUCGAUGAGUACUCACCAAAUUGCAAGGAUUUUCAGUUGCAUAGGAUUCGAGUGUCCCCGGAUUUUUCCGAUUCAUUGCUUCCUGUGUUGGACUGCGCCUCUAUUAUGGUGAUCGUGGAAGGUUCUGGAGUUUUAGAAGAAGUCAAUACACCUAGUAGCAGUAGAUUAACGGUAAUUUCUUUUGGUAUCGGUUUUCUUCAUUCCCACGCUCUACUUCUACAUCACUUUCGCUUCUAA